UGAGAGUUGGCUAAUCGCAGUAGUUUAUGAUGACUGGAUAGAAAAGUUAAGUUAUUUUUUGUAAGGUAUCAUUAAGUGAAAUAAAAUAUUUUAUAAUAUAAUAUGUUUAUUAUAUAAAAGUCUUGCGUUUUAAACAAAUCCUACAUUUUACAUCCAAGGCUCUCCCCUGGUGGAUAAAAAGGUUAUUGCUGUCCACGUUUGCUUUUUAAAUAAAGUUUUCUUUACUUUAAGAAGCUGUCAUGGCAGCGUCCAUGACUACCGAUCAGAGCUGUUUUUUUGCUCUGGCUCUCGGAGUUUCCUUUCUCAAAUGUCUCUUAGUAAAUGCCUACCACUCUACGGAUUUUGAGGUGCAUAGGAACUGGCUUGCCCUUACACACAGUCUUCCAGUAUCACAGUGGUAUUAUGAGGCUACAUCUGAGUGGACGUUGGACUAUCCUCCGCUGUUUGCUUGGUUUGAAUAUGGACUUUCUCAUAUUGCCAGAUUUUUUGAUAAAGAAAUGCUGGUUGUUCAGAAUCUGAAUUACGCAAGUGCUGCCACAGUACUUUUCCAAAGACUGUCAGUUAUUGUGGCUGAUGCUCUCCUUUUUUACGGAGUUAAAGAGUGCUGCAAUUGUUUGCAAGAUGGCAAGGGAAAAUACCUUUUUGGGAAGUCCUCCAUCCUUGCAGUGUUGUUGAUGUGGAACUUUGGGCUUUUAAUUGUUGAUCAUAUUCAUUUCCAAUAUAAUGGCUUCCUGUUUGGUGUUCUUCUUCUAUCAAUAGCAAGACAUUUUCAGAAUCGACACUUAGAGGGGGCCUUUCUGUUUUCUAUACUUUUAAACUUGAAGCAUAUAUAUCUGUACAUUGCCCCUGCAUAUGGAAUCUUCCUGCUGAGAUGCUUUUGCUUCACCAAGAACAAUGCAGAUGGUUCUCUGCAGUGGAGAAGUUUCAGUCCUUUGCGAUUGAUAGCACUCGGAACAAUUGUUGUGUCUACUUUUGCAGUGUCAUUUGGACCAUUCAUAGCCCUGGGCCAGCUUCCACAAGUCCUGUCUCGACUGUUCCCUUUCAAGCGUGGACUUUGUCAUGCAUACUGGGCACCAAACAUCUGGACACUUUACAAUAUUGCAGACAAAGCUUUUUCCAUUCUGGGUGUGAAAUUCAAACUGCUUGAUAUCACCAAACUUCCCAAAGCCUCAAUGACUGGUGGUCUUGUUCAAGAAUUUCAGCACUCCGUACUUCCUUCAGUCUCUCCUUUAGCAACCCUUGUGUGUACAUUACUGUCAAUCCUGCCUGCUCUUUUCAAGAUAUGGCAUAGACCUGAUGGAGCAAGAGGAUUCUUACGCUCUCUUGUUUUAUGUGCCCUUGGAUCUUUCAUGUUUGGUUGGCAUGUACACGAAAAGGCCAUUCUGCUGGCUAUACUUCCUUUGAGUUUGCUUGCAGUGGAGAGCAGGGAAGAUGCCAGGAUUUUUCUUAUACUCAGUACAACAGGGCAUUUUUCACUAUUUCCCCUCCUAUUCACAACACAAGAAUUACCCAUCAAAAUCUUUCUCAUGUUGAUCUUCACAAUCUUCAGUUUAACUUCAUUGAAAAAGCUAUUCAGGAAGGAAGGAGCUCUGGUGAGCACACUGGAAUCAGUGUAUCUUUUGGGUUUGAUUCCUCUGGAACUCAUCUGUGAGUUUGUUUAUCCCCUGACUGUCUGGCAGAAGACUUUCCCCUUCCUACCUCUGAUGCUGACCUCUGUUUACUGUGCGCUGGGAGUGACAUAUUCCUUCAUCAGACUGUAUAUAACAUUGCUGACGUGUUCAAACUCCAUAAACAAAGUGAAAAUCCAGUAAAUUGUGCAAUUCAGUUGCUGCGGGUUAGACACUGAGAUCCAACGUUAUUCAACAUAUUGAAGGGCUGUUUUUAAUGAGUUUAAUGUUUUCUUUUCUGAUGAAGAUCUUUGGGAAAGGUUCCUUCUUGGAAAUAGUUUGAUAUGGUUUAGGGAUAUGCGUAGCUAUGUAUUAGCAUAGGCUAUGGAAACAAAUGUCUAUUUUUGUAAUGUGCUUUUGUAAAUUUUUUAGAUAAACUUUUCUCUACAGACA